AGAGAGAGAACCUCAGUGAGGCGCUUGUAGUAGUGCGAGGAGGUUGUGAAGGGUGAGCAUAGUGGUGGUCAUCAGUGUCAUCGUUAACUACCGCCAAACUACCUGUCCAAACCAUCCACCAAGCCUCCAGCCUCACCUAAUUCCCGUCCUGAAAUUUCGGUAACGCCUAAAAACGUAGCAUUAAAAAUGAGAACCUUAACCUUUUUCAUCAGCUUCGUCGUCACCUUCUACUGCCUGGUGCUCCUCUUCCAGGAAGCUGCCGCAGCCCCGCGUUGUAACACUCACGACAGACCCCCACCCAGCAACUGCAAAUACGGCACCGUUAGAAAUUGGUGUCGCAACGGCGUCUGUGCUAAGGCUCCCGGAGAGAGCUGUGGAGGACACUGGUAUGAACACGGCAAGUGUGGCAUAGGAACCUUCUGUCUUUGUGGAGUCUGCAUUGGCUGUUCCACUAUAGAUGGGAGGUGCGCGGAUGGUCCCUUGAUGUGCUAGAUAAAUGGAUCAAGAGCUUCCUUCUAACAGUCCUCUAACCUAUUACUUCCACUGACCAUCAUCUUGCCGGGUACCUGCUGACGACACCAAGUCUUCUAUUUUUGGCCGUCAUCUUACUUGUUGAUGAAACUAAGUCUGUCUGCCCUACCAACUAUCUCCUCUCUCUCCUAGGUACUGGUGUAGGGUGCCAACACCUGCUGUAUCCUACCAUAUUGCCCCGGGUGAGUCGUGAAUCCAACUCCUUUUGCUAUUCACGGUUAUUUUGAAUCUUAGUACCUGUUGAUAAUCAAGAUUUCUACCCACCUUCACCAGUACUCUCAGGUACCUGUUGAUGACUUUUACAUUUUCUGUCACUCGCUACCACACGGCCCGAGACUUACCAUGCAGGCACUGCCCGCUGAACUGAGAGACUUACCAUGCAGGCACUGCCCGCUGAACCGAGAGACUUAUUAAUCAGGUGCUGCAGCAGCAGCAACAGCAGUGAUUUGCCGAGCAACCUCUGCUCUGUGAACCAAGCCAAGCCUACACUCUCACCUCUCCGUCACUGCCACCAAGACUUCUAAGGAACCAUCACUGGGAUCUACAUUUCUCCAUCUACUUUCCUCCUCUGGCCACGUUCCACAGGAUUACUUGGCCACGUCUAUAGGAUUACCUGGCCACGUCCAUAGAAUUAUGACGUUUAUGUAUCUUCAUAUCCUCACAUUCGUAGGACAUGUCUGACCAGACCUAUAAGGGUAAGUCUGGCUGGACCAUUUGCCAACUAUAUAAGGUUCUUAUAUUUGCUAAAUAUGCUAUAUCCUGUUGCAUAUAUGCGCUUGUGAUAAAUGAGUACAAAUAUUAUUACUAGGAGGUAUUUAGCCUAGUUGUCUGAACUCUGUACCUCCGACUCUGUAUCCAGGGAGACGUAGCAGUUCAUAUACAAUGCAAUUGUUGAUCCUGUUUUAAGAUAUAUAUAUAUAUAUAUAUAUAUAUAUAUAUUAUAUAUAUAUAUGUUUCAAUAUUAUUGUAUAAGUUGUAAUUAAUGACAAAACUCUCAGUGUCCAGUGACACUGAUACAUUUCAGUUAGUGUAUCCCAGAUGCUCUCUUGUCAACAGUGGUGCAUCCGUAACCAAUACUUCCUUUCCCCCAUUUCUCGUAUUAUCCUAGAUAUGAUCAUAAAUAUUUAAAUUUUUUCUCGUCAUUAAAUUAUAUUUAAGUAAUCGUAGCAGUUCAGAAGUAUUUAUUAAGCCAUUUCGAUGUAAUUCUAGCGUCAUGUGCCUAGUGUCUUUAGGUACUGACGUGAUAUCAUCCAUGAAUACGUGUAUACAAUGUUUAUAAGUUUCUCUUGCAAACUGAUAUGUCUGGGUUUAGGAGGACUUAAUGGCAUGUCUUGGGUCAUCAGCUACCUGAGACAAGUACUGUGUCACCCGAGGUCAUGAACCGGUCUUGUAGCUGGGGUCAUCACCAACAAAUUGACAGCAAAAACAAAACACCGAUAGGUCAGAGGUGUAUAAUGCCGAGAAGUGAAUGGGUGAGAGACGAAUAUAUCAUGAUGCACUUGUGUCUUAUUCAACAACACUCACAAAUAUGAGUUAAGGGCACAAAGAAACUCACAUGGAGGUAAAUAAAAGAAGUACUCAGUUUCUGGUUUAUUUUCUACAUGUGGACUCUCUUGUGCUUAUUACGUGGACAAAGAAGUAUUCAGAUUACAAGUCUAUUGUUUUGGACAAAGUUACGUUCAAGGUUAUAUGCACGUUGAGGUGUAUAUUUCUCCAAGUAUAUACAUCGAGAGGUGCGUAUCUCUGUGUAUAUACACUUAGGCUUAUUCUGUAUACUCAGUGGCGGACCUACAUUUUUAGGGCCCUGAAGCUUGAACUGUUAUGGCGGCCCAAUCACAACCCCUUCUCAUACAGUAGACCCAAAAAAUUAAGUAAUAUGUACUAAAGUGGCUUCUGGGGCCCUCCGGGAUUAAGGGUCCUGGAGUUUAAGCUUCAUUAGUUUCAUAGUAGAUCCGCCCCUGCGUACACUUCGUGCACAUUGCUUUGUCCACGUCCUACAGACCAGCCUGUGCCACGAUAGGAAAUGGUAUUCAGUACAGACUAAUCUGUAAAUGAGACACAUAUAGUAGUACUAAGAUAUUUAUUGAAAUGUUUUGCUCAAGAAGAUCCCUAGAGGUCACGGGAUCUUCUCUGUCAAUACAACUAUUAGACAGGCGAAGCUCCGGAGGGGGAAACGUCUCCCCAGCAGGAAUCCUAGUACUACGCAUUUCAUAUUUACAUACUGUGCCAUAAUGUACACCUUAUAGGCACGAAUUACGUGUCAUGGAAGUGGACUCGGCUCUCUUUCUCAUUCACUCAUUCGGCUCCUUUUCAUUGGGAAUUAGAAUAGUUAACCUGAACCUCUGGCAAUGACUAAAGUUAACUCAGGUAGUUGAACCCUGAAUCCAAUUACCGUGUACCUGAAGCACCAUGCCUCUCUCUUGCUACUUGUGACGCUCCAUCUGGGCUGGAGAACAAUAAAGGCUGUGUAUUAC